UAAAAAAAUGGAUAGUAAAAAUGAAUCUGUCGUUACCACAUGUGACUUUAUAACAGAAGAAGUGAUAAAAAAAGUUAUCGUAAACAGUGUUAAAGAAGAUGUAAUUUUAAAAAAUUACGUAGUAUUCAAUGCCAGUGAUAAAAUGCUAGGAUUUUUAGCAGAUUAUUGGAAAAUGCAAGUCCAAGUUAUUACAAGUGAUAACAAAAUUAAAUUGCUCUCCUUUUUUAUAAAAGCAGUGUCUAAAACAAAUUCUGCAAAAGCGGAUAUGGUCAAUGAAAUGAAGCUGUUUGAAAAGGAAACUAAUUUUUACACAGUAAUUAAGAGCAAAUUAAACACGUCUGAUAUAAGCGCUUGGAGUCCAAAUCUAAUUUUAUCAUUGAAUGACGCAAUGAUUUUUGAGGAUUUAAAUAGUCUUCAAUACAAAACGCUAAACAAAUUUAAAACAUUUGACAGAAAACACACCUUGCUCGCUUUGGAAGCAUUAGCAAGAUUUCAUGCAGCUUCAAUAAUUUACGAAGAGAAAAGAUGUCAACUCCUAGGAAAACCGUAUUGCAUAAACGAUGAUCACGAGAACUACCUCAACAAAGGUGGUUAUCAAGAAUCAGAUCCGUGGUUCACACAAUGUAUGGUUGGAGCAUUAGAAGCUGUAAAAUAUUUUUCGAAAUAUACUAAUGAUAAAAAAGUUCUCAAUUUAAUAGAACAGCGUUGGAAUGAUGUUUGGAAAACAGCAAUCCGGCUUGCUGAUCACUCAUCGACGUAUAGAAAUGUAAUUUGCCAUCGCGAUCUGUGGAACAAUAAUAUUUUAUUUAGAUACAAAAAGGAAGGCGCGAAAUUGGUACCAGAUGAUUGUGUUCUUGUCGAUUUCCAGGCAGUUAGGUAUCAACCGCCAGCUGGUGAUGUAAUGUUGCUCCUUUAUUGUAAUUUGGAAUCUAAUUUCCGAGAUGAGAAUAUGAAAACAUUCUUAAGUCAUUAUUACAAUAUAAUGAAGAAUAUUUUAGGUAGUAAUGGAAUACCAAUUCAAGAUAUAUUAUCGUUUGAUAAUUUUUUAAAAUCUUGUGAUGAACAGAAAUUGUGGGCCCUUGUGGUAAGUGCAUGUCUCGUACCACAGUUCUGGAUUGACGAUGAACUCAAUACGAAUAUUUUCUGCAACACUACCAACUUUAAAGAAAUAAUGACAAAAGAUAAGGCGUCGUUUAUCAAAAGCAUGAUAAUAAAUAAUAGUGAUUACAAAAACAAAGUCUUAAAUAUAUUAGAAGAAAUUAUAAAUAAAUAUUGUCUUUAAAAUGCUGCAUAAGAAUAAACAUAUUGGUUUUAC